GAUACGCACACGACCGACAGGCGCCCAUGCUCAGCACAUGACGUCACGAACGAGCUGAUACCACUGAAGCCGGAGUGUCUCGUACCACGCUCCCGGUACAUCCAGAAGUGCGCACAAUUCGUCCACGUCAAGUACGAUUUCGAGCCGACGGGCGAGAUGGACGACAUCGCGAUCCAGAUCCCUCCGGGCGAUGCGAUGGAUGUGGGCGUGUUCAUGUAUCAGCUGCACUUGAAGCCCUUCGACUACAAGUACGACUGCCUGCCGAGGUACCUAGACCAGAUAGUCAAACACAACCACUGCAUGCAGUCGAGCAUGGUCUUUUCCAAGGCCCUCUUGUAUUACGCGCCGUACGAACCCAAGGGAGCGAACGAACUCCCCGACUACAUCCGCAUCCGCAGCAUGAUCGGCAAGUGCGUCGACGAAUACUGGUGGAAGGGCAACGACAUGAUGAAGAAGUUUGACCCAUUUAUAUCGUACGAGUGGCGAGUGCGUGGAGGGCAACAAUCACAAGUGCGACAGCGCGACGUACUACCCGCUCGAAGAGGACAUCGAGCCUGAGGAUACCAACGACGGGGGCGAGGCCAUCGGGGAUUACAAGCACGAAGACUACAACGACGACGACGACGACGGUGUGUCGGCCGCAGGGGCGCAAAACGUCAGCCCGCUGAAGAGACCAACCAGUCUACCACAGCGCCAGGCCUGCCGAGGCAUAU